AUGUCAUCUACUCCUCCAGGCGGUCAGCGUACGUUGCAAAAAAGAAGACAGGCUCAAAAUGUUAAGGAUAAGCAAUUGAAACAGACUCCAGCUUCGACGAGGCAAGCCGGUCAUGGAGGUUCUUCGAGUUCGAUCUUGAAGAUUUACACUGAUGAAGCUAACGGUUUGAGAGUGGAUCCUCUAGUUGUGUUGUUUUUGGCCGUUGCGUUCAUAUUUUCUGUGGUCGCUAUGCAUGUCAUCUCGAAGGUCACUGGUAAGCUAUUCUAG